AACUGGGAAUUUCCGCCGGCGCUCAGAGCGUCGUGUCUUCGCGGGCAGGGGGCGUUGGAAGGAGGACGAGACCCCGAGUGCGGGCGAAGAUGGAGGCGCGCGCCCAGGCCCCAGACUGGGACAGUGAUGAGACGGUGGUGGAGGGCUCGGUGACGGAGAGCGACCCGGAGGAAGAGGAGCUGCCCUGGAGAAGGUUGCUCUUUGAUCAAGAUACAUCUCUUCGAUCUGAAUUCAGUCUCCAUCCUGGUAUAAGUGGAACGUGUGAAGGCACACCUUCUCCUGAGAUUCAACUUGGGUUCAAACUCCAAGAGGAUCCACAAGCGCAAAUGAGUGAAAAUAAGACGAUGCCUGUUCUUAGUGAGGAUGCAGUCUUACGGCAACCUCAAGAUGAAAUGGAACAAAAUCAAUCUCUGUUACAAGCUAGAAAAAGUUGUCCAGUGUUCACUGUGUCAUUUCCCAAGGCUGAACUUUCGCUGAACCACCAAAGCAUUAGAGGGCCUGAGGCUGAAAAUCCAGAAGUUUUGCCGCAUCCAGAAAAGGAACUAAGUGCAGACCGAGACUCUCCUGAAAUUAGCCUUCUCUCAGGUACUGCUAUUAAGGUAUCUGAUGUGGUUGCUGCAAAGGAGAAAUCGUUACUAGAGCCAGAGGAGAUGUCAGCAGCACCAAAUACAUUUUCUGAGCCUGGAAAGGCCAUCACUUUGACCAUGACUUCUGAAGACACCAAGGAUGAGGAAAGUUCUCUUGAAACUUUUGUGUCUGCCUUAGAAAAGUUACUGACAUCACCAGAAAUCACCCAGGAGGACAGAUUGUUUGAAAUAAUGAGUGAUUUUGAACCUAGAGAGUUGAGGAACCCAUUCAGCAACUCUUCAAGUUCCACAUCAUUCCCUUUCACAUGUCACAGAGAUUUACUAGAAAACACAAAGGAUGAUGCAUUGCCAGCUGAAUUGUUAGCAGCCCUAAACACAUUGUCAGAAACCAAGGUGGGACCCAUCUGUCACACAAAAAAGGGAGGCAGCAGUCUCAAUGCUGAAAUUCAGUGUUUAGGAGUGGAGCCCAAUAUGUCUCAGACUGAUGAAGAUUGUACACAAAUAGCAGAGGUGAAUUUUCAGUCUGUUUGUUCUACUCCACCAUUUGAACAAGAUUCCAAGUUAGCUGAGCCAGAGGACAAACAUCUUUCAGUGCAGCAGACUGUAGAAGACCCAAAUCCAUUUGAAUUGCAAGCUUUGGUUAAUCAAAAUGUCACCUCUUGUAAUCCACUAAAUAAUAAGGGAAAUUCAAAUCCACUGGAAAAUAGCUCUGACCAGAACUCUCCAUGUGUGUUAAGGAGAUCAUCCAGACUAAAAGUAGGCAGAGAUGCAAAGCACACAGAUGACAUGUAUAAGAUGCCAGAAAGGAUUUUACCAAAAAUACUUGGCUGUGAGGAGCAAACAGAUAACAGCUCUUCAACUGAGAAUUUCAGAAUGCAGGAUCUUGCUUUAAUGAUUAAAGGUAAAAGGAAGAAUAUGCAUUCAUCCAGACUCAAGAGUGGAGAACAGAUCAGGAAAAACAAAAAACUUGCAAGAAGAAAAGAAAAAAUGAAGAUGAAUAAAAUAUCUCUUUCUAUCAUUAACCGGAGAAAUGUUUUUGGAGAGAACUUACUAUAUAAGGCUGCUCUGCACAAUGAUGCUGAUCUUGUUCAUCAUUGUAUAAAAAAAGGUGCAAAUGUUAAUCAACCAAGUUAUGCUGGUUGGACAGCACUUCACGAAGCUAGUGUAGGAGGAUUUUAUCAGACAGCAAGUGAACUGCUGAAAGGUGGAGCAGAUGUAAAUAUCAAAGGAAUGUACCAGAUCACUCCCCUACAUGAUGCUGUGAUGAAUGGGCAUUAUAAGGUGGCAGAGUUACUUCUUUUGAAUGGAGCCGAUCCUUUAUUUAGAAGUGACAAUGGAAAGUGUGCUUUGGAUGAGGCCAAAGAUUCAUGUAUGAAGCGUCUCCUUGAGAGAUACAUUCCUAAACAUCAAAAACAUUUUAUAUCAGCUCAGAAGGAUAGCACUGACCCAUUAGAUGUAGAGGAUGCACACCAGCACAAGAAACCAAAAUUCAAUUCCAAAAAUUGCAUUGGGUUUGUUUGUGAUGAAAAUUCCAACAGACAGAAGCCAGAACAUGUAAAAGUCAGUAAAGGAAGCAAAGAGGUUUUAUUUAUAAAGAAAGAAGAUGUAUAUGAACAUUACCAAAAAGAUCCCCAAAACACGAAAUUUGGUAAAUCCAAGCAUAAGGAAUCAACUGUUAACCACAUAUACUCUACGGGACUCAGAAAAGACAAUCUCCAUAAUGUCAAAGAUCCCAGCACAAAUGUUUCUAAAGAUAAAGGAAGAAGAAACACACGACACGAAAGGACUCAAGGGGUUGAUGCAAUCCAGGAAAGCAAUCCAAGAAAGACAAUAGCUGUCUCUUCUUCCAGAAGAAUAAACAGAUUGGUUACUCAGCCGCAGCGUAUUCUGCAAACCCUUUAUGACCUUCCAGAAGAGUCAUGUAAACCUUCCAGCCCAGCUCUGUCAAGCCUGAAAAAUGGAUUGGGUAACAAUAUCAAGGCUUGUUCAGUUUCCAAAGAGACACGUUCCCAGAGCCUGGAUGUAUCAGAUAAUCAAGAAAUAAAAUUCUUGGAAUUAGAAUCCAUUGACCAAGCUGAAGCUGUUUCUUUCUCAGGUUUUUCUUUACAUAAAGAAAUCAAGUUGCCACUUGAUAUUACAGAUCAGCAGCCUCACACUCACAAAGAACAACAGCAGAUUAGCCCUUAUAAAUCUGGUGAAAACAGUAACUCAGGUCAAAAAGUUGAGAGCCUUAAUAAGUGGGAAAAUUCUUUCCUAUCCUUUAUAAAGGAAAAUUUUAAUAAUGAUGAUGGUUAUUGCUGUACCUCUGAGAAGACUGUGACAUCUAAAAUGGUGAAAUGUUCUACAGGUUGCAAAAACCACUGUAAUUAUAAAGAGAGUAUAACAAAUGGAGAAGAAAAGGAUUUUCACCAAUCUUUACCCUCUGGAGACCAUUUUUCACAAGAAAAUGAGUUAAAAGCAGGUGGUCUAACCAUACUUCCACGACAGAAAGAUGUUAAUUUUUCUGAUUCAGAUAACAUAAUAGUUUCUGAACAACAUGUUGCAAAUUAUGAGCAAUGCAUAUAUGGAACUUCUUUUGAUCACUCACAUGGCAAUCCUGAGUGUACUUCCCUGGCUUGUACAAGAACACUUUUAACACAUGGAGUUUCAAAGUUGACUAGUCAUGUGGAGCUAUUCAGAAGGCCUCAGGAUUGUAGGCCCAGAACACCAACUCCUUUAAUAAAGGAAAUAGAUACACAUACUGUGGAAAAGGUGAAUAACAAAGAAGACACUGAAAGGAAUUACACUGACAAAGGUGAAAAAACAAGUUCCUCAAAUGAGCCUUUAUCCACAGUUGUUCAUUCUCAAGUUAUGGAAACAACUACAGUUGAAAAGAGGAGACAAGACUUUCUAGAAAGCAAAACCAUACAUAAUAUAGAUUUUCAUUCCAGUGAUAAUAUAAAUAAAGAAUUGGCCAACGUCCCACAACUUAGUCAAAGAGAAGAGAAGGAAAUUUCUCACAAACCAGUUGAGGAAUUAACUAAUAAUAUCAAUGGAGACAAAAGCACUGUGAGAAAUUGUGAGGAGAAAAAAGAAAAAGAUUCAGAAAUUCACAUGCCUCCAAAUAUCCAAGAACACAAAAAAGUUCAGAAGUUCAGAAAAAGACAAAGUUUUUUGAAAGCUACCUGCAGGCAAGAAAUGAAAACAGCUGGGAUCAAUAAGAGGACUGCCAGAGGGGAAAGCCGGCUUCAUUUGGCUGCCAGAAGAGGAAAUUUAUCUCUGGUGAAAGCUCUAAUAGAAUCUGGAGCAAAUGUGAAUCUAAAAGAUAAUGCAGGUUGGACACCACUUCAUGAGGCAUCUAGUGAGGGAUCUGAUGAUAUAAUUGUAGAGUUGUUAAAAGCUGGUGCUGACGUUAAUUGUGAAAAUCUAGAUGGAAUUCUGCCCUUACAUGAUGCUGUUGCAAACAAUCAUUUAAAGGCAGCUGAGGUUCUACUACGACAUGGAGCAAAUCCUAAUCAAAAGGAUCAAAAACAGAAGACUGCUUUGGAUGAAGCAGAUGAUGAAAAAAUGAAAGAGCUGCUAAAAUCUUAUGGUGCUGUUGAGACUGAUGAUAGAGAUGAGAGUAAUGCUGUAGUCACUGUAAAAAUUCAUGCUGUCCGGUCAAAAAGACAUAAACAGUGUUUUUGUGAUGACUGCAAAACUAUUGAUUCACCUUCUAUUUCACACCAAGAAAAAACAAGAAAAAGCCCUCCUGUGCAUCAGACCAUCAGUGCCAUUCUACAGGAUAUAGAAGAAAAACAAGAAAAUUUAUUAGAGUUUGAAAUAAGAACCCCCGAAGAGGCAGAACAAUACAUCGAAAAGAUGUUGGAGAUAAAAGAGGUUAUGGAUAACGUGCUUGCCAAACAGAAGGCAGAAAGGGAUGAUCUAGCUAAAAAAUACAGGGUCUCCACAGAAUCAUUUAAGCAGGGAGUCCUGAGGGAGCAGCUGGCCAGCUUGGCCACAAGACAGAAGAGCCUUUUGGUUGUGGCCAAAAAACAGAAAAAAAUAAGCCAGAAAAUUCAAAACUAUAAGAACGUAACAUCUUUGUCUGGUCUUAGUUUGAGGAAGCUGCCGUCCAGCUCAGAAAUCUGUAGUGAAAAUGACAACCAGGAGCUUACCAGUCUGGAAAAUUCAGUGCAGCCUCAACCAGGUUCACUGUCUCCUGUCAGCCUUGUUUGUGGAAGCGUGCAGCAAACACACUUGUCUCUGGAAACGUGGAACGACAGCCAAAAUACCAACACUCGUCUCAAUUUAGAGACAGUGAGAAGGGAAGAAUUUUCUGGAAAUGAGCUGAAUUCUAAACAAAAUGUCACUGACUGUACUUUAGGUGGGUUAUCAAAAUCCAGAUAUUCAUAUGGCACUAAGAAGAUUAAAUUACCAUCCCAGCCUGUUGCUUUUACUGCUCAGGCAGAAUAUUCACAAAAAGAAAAUGACCUUACAGAAACUACAGCCAAAGGCUGUGAAUCCUGUGGUCCGUCAGCAGUAACUGGCACAUUAAAUAUUUCAGAAACCACAAAUGUAUUUGCCCAAAAUGAUGCCCAUCCAUCAACUGUUAUUUGUGAUCAGGCUCUUUCCAAUUGUUAUCCAAAAAGAGGAAAUAGGAAAACAGCUUCCCAGCAGCCCUCAAGGGGGGCAUCAGACUCCUUAGGCAGUGAUACUGGGCAUCAGAUGAAACCUUGUCUUAAGAAAUCAGCUUUUGCUGUUCCACGUGCAAACGACAGUCAGAGCUCCUCCUCUGGGUCUGGCCAUCAACAUACCGUAAAGAAGCCUUUAAACUACAGCACAGCUCCUAAAAAGAAAUGUAUGCAGAUAAAGGAUCUGAUAUUACUAGGAAGAAUCAAUCCAGGAAAUAACAUUCUGGAAUUCAAAACACAGGAGACUACCCACAAAGCCAGUGUUCUAUUGAGUGGUAAAAUUAAGGUAGAAAAUGGUCAGAUUUAUCAAAGUCCAGUUACCUGGCUCAAGGAUCUUCUAGGAGGCGACAGUUAUGUGACCUGGAAUUAUGCUUGGAGUAAGGUAACAUAUCUGGGGAAGGAGCUUUUACAGUAUGUUUCUGAGGAAGUGCCCAUACCCGCAGAACCAAACUCGGUACCUCAGCAACAGCAACCUUGCCUUCCAGGAACUUCCAGAGAGUCAAUGCAGAGCAUCCCACAUUAUCUACAAAUAAAUGAAAUACUAUUAAUCAGCGAUCAAGAAUUUCUCCCAUGCCAUAUAAUGGAUCAACAUUGGAAGUUCUAUGUGGAAUGUGAGGAGCUAACAUUCUAAAGGCUUGUUUUCUUAGUAGCUUAUUAGGUUUUUGUUCAGAUUAUUAACCAACAUUCAUAUUUUAUCUUGUGUGGGCUGGUGGACCUAUUUUAACACGUACUUUGAGUUGCUACUUAAGA